AUGGAAGGCAAAGCACAUUCAAAUAAGGACGGUUUACCAAUUCAUUUUGUCAACAAUGCUGCUCAUGACUGUUACUUUAAAAGAAGUUACGAAAGAAGAAAAGCUUGGAGAAGAGCAUUGAUUUUAAUCUUAGUAGUAUUUUUUGCUAGUAAAUUGUUAUUUGGAUGGUUUGCAUUCUCCCCAAUUAAUAAUGAAUUUCAUGACGAAGAUCAAUUUCUUUGGGUCGAAGUUCUAGAACCAAGUACUGAUAAUGUUGUUGGAGAUUGUUAUACAUCACCCAGACUUCAUUCUUUACCUGGAUUUCCAAUCUCACCAAAAUGUGAACCUAAUAUAAAAUGGGAGGGUCCAAGUGAAUUAUUAAUUGAUCCAACAACCACUUCUGGUUUGAUUUUUAGAGUUAAAGGAUUAUUUGCGCGCGGAAGUGUUACUAUUCGUCAAGAUUCUCAAUCAAAAGGUUCUAUUAACAUUACAAAUAGUAUUUAUAUUGGAAAUGCUCCAAAUAAUUGGAUCACAGUUGAUUCAUUGGAUAACGUUGAUUUUGCCUAUGUUAACCUGAAAACAUCAAACGGUCACAUACGUAUUAAUAAUUUGACUGCUGCUAACGCUGAUAUUUCAACCGUUAAUGGACACGUCAAUGGAGCUGUUGUUGUAGGAGAAAAUUUAGAGGUUCGUUCUAUUAAUGGUCCUAUUCAUCUUACCGCCACACCCAAUCCUUUGUCUGACUCAGUUUUUGUUGGCUUGUCAUCAUUUAAUGGAAAUUUAAAUAUUAAAGUGGAUGAAUUAUUGAAAACUCAAAAAAUCGAUCUAAAAGGUCAUUCCCCUGAAACAUACAGAGGCAAUUUCUUGGCUUCAUCUGCUACAGGAUAUGCCUAUGUGGAAGGAGAAGGAAUUACUUUUGAAAAGGAUACACGUAAUCAUAAAGAAGGUUACAAAGUUGUAACCGGAGCUUCUGAAUUGUAUUUUCCAUAA